UGUUGCCCCCACCUCUCUGAGCACCCUCCGUAUCCCCUCCGUUGGCGCAUCCUGGUACUUGGGAUCCUCCGAGAGCAGUUUGAGGACGCGGACGCGGCCGUCGGGGCAGCGCGCGAACACGUCCGUGAACGUCCCCCCGCGGUCAAUGGCGAACUGGAAACCGCCCCGCGACGACAUGGGAUCCCUCCUGACGUGGGUCGGACCGGUUCCGACUCGGUUCGGUCACUGUGGGGCGGUUCUGAAUGGGUUGGACUGGUUCAGUUCAGUCUGGGUUGGUUCUGCCUGGGUUGGACCCGUUCGGGUCAGUUCUGGAUGGGUUGGACCGGUUCAGUUCAGUUCUGCCUGGGUUGGACCAGUUUGAUUCGGUUCCGACUCGGUUCGGUCACUGUGGGGCGGUUCUGAACGGGUUGGACUGGUUCAGUUCAGUCUGGGUUGGUUCUGACUGGGUUGGACCCGUUCAGGUUGGUUCUGGCUGGGUUGGAUCAGUUUGGGUCGGUUCUGACUGGGUUGGACCCGUUCGGGUCGGUUCUGGCUGGGUUGGACCAGUUCAGUUCGGUUCUGCCUGGGUUGGACCCCUUCAGUUUGGUUCCGACUGGGUUGGACUGGUUCGGUUCAGUCUGGGUUGGUUCUGACUGGGUUGGACCCGUUCGGGUCAGUUCUGACUGGGUUGGACCAGUUCAGACUGGUUCUGCCUGGGUUGGACCGGUUCGGGUUGGUUCUGCCUGGGUUGGACCAGUUCAAUUCAGUUCAAUCUGGGUUGGAGAGGUUCAGUCUGGUUCUGCUUAGGUUGGACCGGUUCCGUUCGGUUCAAUCUGGGUUUGACCAGUUUGGUUUGGUUCAGUCUGGGUUGGACCCGUUCGGGUCGGUUCUGACUGGGUUGGACCAGUUCAGACUGGUUCUGACUGUGUUGGACCGGUUCGGUUCAGUUCAGUCUGGGUUGGACCGGUUCGGUUUGGCCGGGGCUGGUUCUGCCUGGGUUGGACCGGUUCGGGUUGGUUCUGCCUGGCUUGGACUGGUUAGGUCUGGUUCCACCUGGGUUGGACCAGUUCAGUCUGGUUCUGACUGGGUUGGACCGGUUCGGUUCAGUUCAGUCUGGGUUGGACUGGUUCGGUUUGGUUCUGCCUGGGUUGGACUGGUUUGAUUCGGUUUAGUCUGGGUUGGACCCGUUUGGUUUGGCCUGGGUCAGUUCUGCCUGGUUUGGACCGGUUCGGUUCGGUUCUUCCUGGGUUGGACCGGUUCGGUUCAGUUCAGUCUGGGUUGGACCAGUUUGAUUCGGUUCAGUCUGGGUUGGACCGGUUCGGUUUGGCCCAGGUUUGUUCUGCCUGGGUUGGACCAGUUCACUUUAGUUCUGUCUGGAUUGGAGCGGUUCAGUUCGGUUCGGUUCAGUUCAGUCUGGGUUGGACCGGGUCAGUUCGGUUCAGUUCUGCCUGGGUUGGAUGGGUUUGGAUCAGCCUGACUUAGAGUGGUUCAGUUCAGCCUGGAUUGGAGCGGUUCGGUUCGGUUCGGUUCAGUCUGGGUUGGUUUGGUUCGGUUCAGUUGAACUGGGUUGGAGUGGUUCCCUUCAGCCUGGCUUGGUUCAGCCUGGCUUGGAGUGGGUCAGUUCGGUUCUGUCUGGGUUGGACCGGGUCAGUUUGGUUCAGCCUGGGUUGGACCGGGUCGGUUUGAUUCAGCCUGGGUUGGACCAGGUCGGUUCGGUUCUGUCUGGGUUGGACCAGUUCAGUUUAGUUCAGUCUGGAUUGGAGUGGUUCAGUUCAAUUCAGCCUGGGUUGGACCGGGUCGGUUUGAUUCGGUCUGAGUUGGAGUGGGUCGGUUCGGUUCUUUCUGGGUUGGAGUGGGUUGGUUUGGUUCUGUCUGGGUUGGUUCUGCCUGGGUCAGUUUGGUUCGUCUGUCUUGGACUGGUUGGGUCGGACUGGGUCAGUUCAGCCUCAGUUGACCCAGUUCAGUUCAGACCAGCCUGGGUUGGACUGGUUCAGUUCAGCCUGGCUCAGAACUGGGUCGGUUCGGUUUGGUUCAGCCUGGCUUGGUUCUGCUUGGGUUGGUUCGGUUCUGUCUGGGUUAGACUGGGUCAGUUUGAUUCAGUCUGGGUUGGACCAGGUCGGUUCGGUUCUUUCUGGGUUGGACUGGGUCGGUUCAGUUCUGUCUGGGUUGGUUCUGCUUGGCUCAGUUCGGUUCUUUCUGGGUUGGAGUGGGUUGGUUCGGUUCUGUCUGGGCUGGUUCUGCUUGGGUCGGUUCGGUUCUGUCUGGCUUGGUUCUGCUUGGCUCAGUUCGGUUCUGCCUGGGUUGGAGUGGGUCAGAUUGAUUCAGUCUGGGUUGGACCAGGUCGGUUCAGUUCAGCCUGGGUUGGUUCUGCCUGGGUCAGUUCGGUUCUUUCCGGGUUGGACCGGGUCGGUUUGAUUCAGUCUGGGUUGGAGUGGGUUGGUUCGGUUCAGCCUGGCUUGGUUCUGCCUGGGUCGGUUCGGUUCUGUCUGGGUUGGACCGGGUCGGUUUGAUUCAGUCUGGGUUGGAAUGGGUUGGUUCGGUUCAGCCUGGCCUGGUUCUGCUUGGGUCGGUUCGGUUCUUUCCGGGUUGGACCGGGUCAGUUUGAUUCGGUCUGGGUUGGAGUGGGUUGGUUCGGUUCAGCCUGGCUUGGUUCUGCCUGGGUCGGUUCGGUUCUGUCUCGGUUGGACCGGGUCAGUUUGAUUCGGUCUGGGUUGGACUGGAUCAGUUCGGUUCUGUCUGGGCUGGUUCUGCUUGGGUUGGUUCAGUUCUUUCUGGGUUGGACCGGGUCGGUUCGGUUCUGUCUGGGUUGGACUGGAUCAGUUCGGUUCUGUCUGGGUUGGACUGGGUCAGUUCGGUUCUGUCUGGGUUGGACUGGAUCAGUUCGGUUCUGUCUGGGUUGGACUGGGUCAGUUCGGUUCUGUCUGGGCUGGUUCUGCUUGGCUCAGUUCAGUUCUAUCUGGGUCAGUUCAGUUCAGUUCGGUUCAGUCUGGCUUGGUUCUGCUCGGGUCGGUUCGGUUCUGCCUGGGUUGGCCCGGCUCAGUUUGUCCUGGGUCUGAUCGGUUCGGUUCCGUUGGGCCCGGUUUGGAGCAGCAGAACCCAAUGCACUUCAGCCUGGCCCAAUUGAUUCUGGUUCGGUUCUGCCUUUGGCCCGGUUCGGUUCGGCCGGGUUGGGCCUGAUUCAACCCGGUUCGGUUCAACCCACUUCAAUUUGUCCCGGUUCCGUUUGACCCACUUCAGUUCAGUUCUGUUCAGUUGAGCCCAGUUGGGUCCAGUUUGAUUCAGUCUGAUUCAGUUCGGUCCGGUUCGGUCCAGUUCAGUCCAGUUUGGUCCGGUUCGGUCCAGUUCAGUCCGGUUCACUCCGGUUCGGUCCAGUUCAGUCCGGUUCGGUCCGGUUCGACCCGGUUCGGCCCGUUGGGGCUGAGCCCCCCUCGGCCCGGUUCAGCCCAAUGGAGUUUGGCUCAGUCCAGCCCGGUUCAGCCCAGCUCAGCUCGGUCCGGCCCGGUCGGACUCGGUUGGUCCCGGUUCGGUUCGGUCCCGUUGGACUCGGUUCGUCCCGUCCCGGUUCCGUCCUCCCCGUCCCAAAGUCGAACGUGGGCGGGGCCUGAGCGGGGGGCGGUGGCCGA